UUCUGAAUACCUCCUUUUCUCUCUGUCCUCUCACUCGCACUUGCUUUCUGCAAUUCCUGUGGUUCUUCUUCUUCUUCUUCCAUCCAUGGCGGCUUUAAACCGCCUGCUAAGAGCGAAGAAUGAAUCGUCUUUCUCAUCAUCGUCUUCAUGGAUGACUACUACUUGUUUGUGGAGGAGCUUGUCUUCGGCUGCGUUUUCCGACGCUGCUGAGCUCCGUCGUGCCCCAUCUUCGCCACCGCCCACACCUAUGAAGACUUUCUCAGUGCGACGAGGUCCAAAGGAGAGGAACGUGCAGUGGGUAUUCCUGGGCUGCCCAGGAGUUGGGAAGGGCACCUAUGCCAGUCGUCUCUCUAAGCUCCUCGCCGUACCUCACAUCGCAACAGGUGAUCUUGUUCGCGAGGAGCUAUCCUUCUCCGGCCCUCUCUCCAAACAGCUUGCAGAGAUUGUAAAUCAAGGCAAAUUGGUUUCAGAUGAAAUUAUAUUCAAUUUGUUGUCUCAGCGGCUUGAAGCAGGAGAAGCCAAGGGUGAAUCAGGGUUCAUUCUUGAUGGUUUCCCUCGAACAAUAAGACAAGCGGAAAUAUUGGAGGAUGUCACCGACAUUGACUUGGUUAUUAACCUAAAGCUCCAUGAAGAUGUACUUCUUGAGAAAUGUCUUGGAAGAAGGAUUUGUAGCCAGUGUGGUGGGAACUUCAAUGUCGCAAAUAUUGAUAUCAAGGGUGGGAACGGUAGACCUGGAAUAUACAUGGCUCCACUUCUCCCGCCUGCACAUUGUGCAUCGAAGCUCAUAACUCGAUCUGACGAUACAGAAGAAGUUGUGAAAGCACGACUUCGUGUAUACAAUGAAAUGAGCCAGCCCUUAGAGGAGUUCUAUCGCAGUCGAGAAAAGUUGUUGGAGUUUGAUCUACCAGGAGGGAUCCCCGAAACUUGGCCUAAGUUGCUGCAAGCUCUGAAUCUUGAUGAUCAUGAUGGCAAACAGUCUGCAGCUGCAUGAAUUACAAUCAUAUGCAAUAUAUAUUCUCAAGGUGAGUAGGUCAUUCUUUGCAUGUAUGGGAUGUACAUGCACAGUAAUUUUGAAGAAAACAACAUAUAUUUUUAUCCAUUUGUCUCCUAAAUAAAUGCUUCAAAACUAGUCAAUCAUUUAAUGAGAUGGCUGCUUAGUUGGGUUUUGCGAGAUGUCUAGUAUGAGAGGAAAUUUGUUAAAUAUUUGGAGAAUAUAAGACUAAACAUCACCUUUAAUUUUAUGUGGUGAAGAAUGGUUUAGUUUGAAAGGUAUUCAUGUGGAUGAUUUAGUUUCUGACUCUGAAUUUGAUGGAGAUCAGUUGAUGUCUAUGAUUACAAUAUUAUCCACCAAAAAGUUGUGGAAAUCAGGUUUAUUGUUCACUUUGUUGCUAGUUUUGAUACUAGACUAUAUAUAAUAUGAUAAAGACGCACCUUGGGUGCAAACUGGA